UGUCCCCUGGGCGCGCCGCUGCCCGAUCCCCACGCUGUUCCCCACGCGUCCACGGCGUCCCAGUGCCGCCAUGCUUCUGCUGCUGGCGCUGUGCUUGGGGCUGCCGCUUUGCGCGGAGUCGCUGGAAGAGGCGCAGAGAUGGGGUGACACUUCGGAACAAGUUGGACUCAGGGUCCCGAGGCAACUCCGGCUGCUGCAAAGGCUGAAAACCAAACCUUUGAUGACAGAAUUCUCGGUGAAGUCGACCAUUAUUUCUCGCUAUGCCUUCACUACGGUUUCCUGCAGAAUGCUGAACAGAGGCUCUGAGGACCAAGAGAUUGAGUUUCUGAUGCAGAUUCCAGCGGCCGCUUUCAUCACCAACUUCACUACGCUAAUUGGAGACAAGGUAUAUCAGGGAGAAAUUACAGAGAAAGAAAAGAAAAAUGGUGAUAAGGUAAAAGAGAAAAGGAAUAAAACCACAGAAGAUAAUGGGGAGAAGGGGACCGAAACGUUCAGGGCCUCCGUCCUCAUUCCCAGCAAGGACAAAGCCGCCUUCUUCCUGAGUUAUGAAGAGCUCUUGCAGAGGCGGCUUGGGAAGUACGAGCACGUCAUCAGUGUGCGGCCCCAGCAGCUGGUGGGGAGGCUGACGGUGGAAGUGAAUGUUCUGGAGAGUUCCGGCAUCACGUUGCUGGAGGUGCUGCCUCUGCGCAACAGCAGGCAGAAGGGCAGUGGGAGGGCAGAAGAUGAUACUGGGCCACCUCCUUCUACUGUUAUCAACCAAAAUGAAACUUUUGCCAAAGUCAUUUUUAAGCCUAGCGUGGUGCAACAAGCCAGGAUUGCCCAGAAUGGCAUUUUGGGAGAUUUCAUCAUUAGAUAUGAUGUCAAUAGGGAACAGAGCAUUGGGGAUAUCCAGGUUCUAAAUGACUAUUUUGUACACUACUUUGCCCCCAAAGACCUUCCUCCUUUACCCAAGAAUGUGGUGUUUGUGCUUGACAGCAGUGCCUCCAUGGUGGGGACUAAACUCCGGCAGACCAAGGAUGCCCUCUUCACAAUCCUCCAUGACCUCCGACCCCAGGAUCACUUCAAUAUCAUUGGAUUUUCCAACCGGAUCAAAGUGUGGAAGGACCAUUUGGUGUCAGUGACUCCCAACAAUAUCAGAGACGGCAAAGUCUACAUUCACCACAUGUCGCCCACUGGAGGCACGGACAUCAACGGGGCCCUGCAGAGGGGCAUCCAGCUGCUCAACAACUACGUGGCCCACAAUGACAUUGAAGACCGCAGCGUGUCCCUCAUCAUCUUCCUGACCGAUGGGAAGCCGACCGUUGGGGAGACCCACACCCUCAAGAUUCUCAACAACACUAAGGAGGCUGCCCGAGGCCAAGUCUGCAUCUUCACCAUCGGCAUCGGGAACGACGUGGACUUCAAACUGCUGGAGAAGCUGUCCCUGGAGAACUGUGGCCUCACACGGCGCGUUCACGAGGAGGAGGACGCAGGCUCACAGCUCAUUGGGUUCUAUGAUGAGAUCAGGACCCCUCUGCUCUCGGACAUCCGCAUCGAUUACCCACCCAGCCUCGUGGAGCAGGCUACCAGAACCCUCUUCCCCAACUACUUCAAUGGCUCCGAGAUCAUCAUCGCCGGGAAGCUGGUGGACAAGAAGAUGGAUCGCUUACACGUGCAAGUCACAGCCAGCAACAGUAAGAAAUUUGUCAUACUGAAGACUGAUGUCCCCCUGGGGCCCCAGAAGGCGGGGAAUGACGUCACCGGAAGUGCCAGGCCCAAGGGUGAUAGCGAGGAGGACCCCAACCACCUGGAGCGUCUCUGGAGCUACCUGACGGUGAAGGAGCUGCUGAGUUCCUGGCUGCAGAGCGACGACGAGCAGGAGAAGGAGCGACUGAGGCAGAAGGCCCAGACCCUGGCCGUGAGCUCUCGCUUCCUCACCCCGUUCACCUCCUUGAAGCUGAAGGAGUCCUCGCUGCAGAUGAGCAAGCUGGAGGACAGCCACGGCGUGUCUGCUGCCACGGGGCCCGGGACAGUGAUGCAGAGCCUGCAAGGGUCCAGCGCACAGCCAGGAUCUGCUCUAAAGAAACCAUACAACCCAAAAAUUAAAGUCUCCAAAACAUCAGCGGAUGGAGACCCCCAUUUUGUUGUGGAUUUCCCCUUGAGCAAGCUCACGGUCUGCUUCAACAUUGAUGGGCAGCCUGGGGACAUCCUAAGGCUGGUCUCUGAUCACGCGGGCUCCGGUGUGACCGUGAAUGGAGCAUUAAUCGGGGCCCCCGCUCCCCCCAAUGGCCACAAGAAACAGCGCACUUACUUCCGCGUCAUCACCAUCCUCGUCAACAAGCCCGAGAGGUCGUACCUGGAGAUCACCCCGCACAGAGUCAUCUUGGAUGGUGGGGACAGGCUGGUCCUCCCCUGCAACCAGAGCAUGGUAGUGGGGAGUCGGGGGCUGGAGGUGUCAGUGUCUGCCAAUGCCAACGUCACCGUCACCAUCCAGGGCACCACUGCCUUCGUCAUCCUCAUUCACCUCUACAAAAAGCCAGCCCCCUACCAGCGAGACCACCUGGGCUUCUACAUCUCCAACAGCAAAGGCCUUUCCGGCAACUGCCACGGACUGUUAGGUCAGUUCCUGAACCAGGACGCCAGCCUCGCAGAGGAGCCUGCCGGGCUCAGCAGGAACACUACUAGCUCUCCAUUUCCCAAGGCAGCCGAGGGCUCCGACACCGUCCUGCAGCUGAAGGGGCACCGGGUCCCGGUGGUCUGGAAACAGAGGAAAAUCUACAAUGGGGAGGAGCAGAUAGACUGCUGGUUUGCCAGGAACGCCGCCCAGCUGCUCGACGGGGAGUACAAGGAUUACCUGGCAGCCCACCCUUUUGACUCAGACACUGUGUUCGGCCUGGGGGUAGCCAGGGGACUCUGACACUAGCAGCCUUAAUGUAAGCGUGCAUGACAGGGAAAUGGCCUUUGGGGACAGCGUCGUGCGGUUGUAGCUGCUGCCCUGUGCCUCGUCCCUGGGCAGUUAGCUGCAACCCAUGGCCUGCCCCUGGUGGCCUGUGCGUCUGAUGUCGCUGGAGCAAAGGCUGGGUUCAGGAAGCUGAGGUGGAGUGUUAGUUCCUCUGCUUCUCCUUCAGCCAGGCUUUCCUUAUGUACUAUACAGAAAGAUGGCAGCACCAGGGGACAGGGUCAUGAAUGAACGCAAGACAUCUGUGUCUGGCACCAAAUGGCUUUCCAUCUCUUAGCCCACCAUCAAGUCACUCCGAUGAAGGAGGGUGGCAGCAAAGUUUGCUUUCUCUGUGGAGAAAGCCAGGCUUGGACACGCUGCUUCUCUCCUUACAAAUGCUUGGGGACCCUUCCUUUUAGUACCGCUGUGAGCUCCAGCCCCUGCUUCAGGGAUGCUCCGAUGGAGCCCGGGCCGUGGGUCAUGCAGAUAGCAGGUAGAUUCGAUCAUGGUAAACUAUUGCGUUUUUUCUUAGGAGAAGACUUCCUUCUGCUCUGAUAUCUUGCCGUUGAAAAUUAGUUCUCAUUUUUAUAAAAAAAUUAAUUGAAAAUAGAAAAUCUACACCCCAGCUACCCAUGUCUUUCCAAUGGGUUUUGUAAAAAUGCUUUACUUUGCCAGUGGAUA